ACUGAAAAUAAUCCGGCAGAGUGGCGCUUGUUGUUGGCUCGUGUCGUGUUAGAGGUGCCAUUGUAACGUCAAGAAAACGUCCAAAUGCUGUGUUAUAGUUAAGGCCAAGCAAACGGGGUUUGCACGAAGCGAAGUGUGUUUAUUAGACUGAAAGCUAGCAGACAAAAAUAAGUAAGUUUAAGUCGCAGCUAUGGCGGAUGUUACUGCUCGUAACUUGCAGUACGAGUACAAAGCGAACUCAAACUUGGUGCUGCAAGCGGAUCGUUCUCUGAUCGACCGAACACGAAGAGAUGAGCCCACAGGAGAGGUGCUGUCCCUUGUGGGGAAGCUGGAGGGGACCAAAAUGGGCGAUAAAGCGCAAAGGACCAAGCCUCAAAAGCUGGAGGAGAGACGAGACAAGCGACGAAAGAGAGAUGAAGACAGGCAUGACAUCAAUAAAAUGAAAGGGUUUACCUUGCUUUCUGAAGGUAUUGAUGAUAUGGUGGGCAUUGUGUACAAGCCUAAAACUAAAGAAACACGGGAGACAUAUGAAGUGUUGCUCAGCUUUAUACAUGCCGCUCUUGGAGAUCAGCCAAGAGACAUCCUGUGUGGAGCAGCAGAUGAAGUCCUGGCUGUGCUGAAGAAUGAUAAAAUGAGGGAUAAGGAAAGGCGUCGUGAGGUAGAGCAGCUUCUUGGCCCUGCUGACGAUACUCGUUAUCAUGUGCUUGUCAAUUUGGGAAAGAAAAUUACAGACUAUGGAGGUGAUAAGGACCUACAAAAUAUGGAUGAGAACAUUGAUGAAACGUAUGGAGUGAAUGUCCAGUUUGAAUCUGAUGAAGAGGAGGGUGAUGAAGAUCAGUUUGGUGAGGUACGAGAUGAGCAUUCAGAUGAAGACAGCGAAGGAGAAGAAGCAGAUGUCAGUUCUACUCUGACAGCCAAUCUUGGUGUCACAGGUGAUGUGAUGACUGUGAAGAAAAAAGAUCUCCAUCCAAGAGACAUUGAUGCCUUCUGGCUGCAGCGUCAGCUCAGUCGCUUUUACGAUGAUGCUAUUGUUUCUCAAAAGAAAGCUGAUGAAGUCUUGGAAAUUCUCAAGACUGCCAGUGAUGAUAGAGAAUGUGAGAACCAGCUUGUGCUGCUGCUCGGUUUCAACACUUUUGACUUCAUCAAAGUUCUCCGCCAACAUCGCCGCAUGAUCCAGUACUGUACAAUGCUGGCAAGUGCACAGAGUGAAUCAGAAAAAGAGCGCAUCAUUGGAAAAAUGGAGUCGGAUCAGGAAUUGUCAAAAAUUCUUUAUCAGCUACAGGAGACUGAGAAGGAGGAUAUUAUUCGGGAGGAGCGAUCUCGCAGAGAAAGGGUCAGAAAGUCUCGUGUUGAUGACUUGGAAGCAAUGGACAUUGACCAUGGAGAGUCAGUUGCCCCUCGACAGUUGCUAGACUUGGAUGACCUGGCGUUCACACAAGGAAGCCACUUUAUGGCAAACAAGAGGUGUCAGCUUCCAGAUGGUUCAUUUCGCAAACAGCGCAAAGGCUAUGAGGAAGUCCACGUGCCGGCCCUCAAACCCAAACCUUUUGCUGAUGAUGAGGUCCUGGUUGCAAUUGAAAAAUUACCCAAGUACGCUCAGGCUGGGUUUGAGGGAUUCAAAAACCUUAACCGCAUCCAGAGCAAGUUGUUCAAGACAACCAUGGAAAGUGAUGAGAACCUUUUAGUGUGUGCUCCUACGGGUGCUGGAAAGACUAAUGUUGCUCUGAUGGCUAUGUUGAGAGAAAUUGGAAAACACAUCAAUGUUGAUGGGACCAUCAAUGUAGAUGAUUUCAAAAUCAUUUACAUUGCACCUAUGCGCUCUUUGGUACAAGAAAUGGUGGGCAGUUUUGGCAAG